AUAGUUGGACCAAAUUGCACCUGCCACGAUAAAGCAGCCUCGCACUUUCUUCGGUUACGGCGAGGGAACCUUGCUCUCCCCAGUCCAAAGUCGCCAUUUUCGCACUUCUCUCAAGAAUUAUCAACUUCUUCCGCAGAAUGGCGGGAAAAGUCACUUAUUCACGGCGCCCAAACAAACGCCGCGUACCUCACGACGGCGAUCCAGCACAUGACGACGACGACCAUCACAAGCGGACCAAGACAAAUACCGAGCCAAAUGGACCGCGGCUACCAACACCACCCUCAAGCCGACGAGGGCAGAAAUCCUGGUUCAACGGUCCCGUCUCCAUUCCUGAUUACGACAUGAACCCUCCGCGCUCAAUCUUCGAUAAGGUUCUCGAAAACAAGAAGCACCAAGCCCCGAAGCCGCAUGAGCGCAGUGUCCAGGGUGACUGUGAGAACUUCAAAGGCCUUAUGGAAACGGGACACAAGUCGAAAGAACAAAAUGGCUGGGCGAGGAACAGCUCUCUGCCAACACCACCAGCGGAGGCCCAGAAAAAAGCCCACCAGCAAGCGCGGAGAGAUGAGAAUCUCGCACGGUACAAAGGAAUUACUAACAGGGGCGAGCCGGCGACACUGGAGACGUCACCUACGGCGUCAAACCACACAUCGCAGCUCUUCGAGCGGGUCAUCAAGAACGAGCAACCAAAAGAACCAUAUCAGCCGAGGACAUACAAGGCUGAGGAGGUUUCAGGACCACGGCGAACUAUUAUGGGGGAACGUCUGUCUAGAAAUUCAGGCCAAGCCCGCAAAUUCAAGACGAACCAGACCGACUCGCCUCUCCUGCAGCUCCCCGAAAACGUGAGGAAUCUCAUCUACGCUUACGUACUUGGUGGUAAGACUAUCAAUAUCGGCUACCAGACCUAUCACCUUACCUUUGACCCUACAAAGCCCAAGAAGGUAAAGCAGGUUACACCCAUGUUCAAGUACCAGUGCACAGUAUACGAUGGUAACCGGAAUCCUUUUACGACGAUAUCCCAACCCUGGGUCAAGAGUUCUACGGUGUUUACGCUGCUCAACGGUGUCUGCCGUCAGAUGUACCAGGAAACAGCGACGCUGCCUUAUAGGCUCAACCUAAUCGCCUUUGACUCGUAUAGCAUCAUGUUCAACUUCUUGUUCAUGGAGGACCGCCUGCGUCGCGAGCAUCUCGAUACCUUCACCGAGAUUUUGCUACCUGAAGAGCUACCAGGGUCAAAUGCACUCGCCCGCUUGUGCAACGUCAACAAGGUGUUUUUAGGAGUCGCACAGGAGGGGAAACCUAAGGGGUGGUACCGUGUAGUGCGUGCUCAAGGCGAGGAGCCGAGACUUACAAGAGUGGUGAAGUAGUAGGAGGCAUGCAUGGCAGCAUGAGUGUGCACAUGAGGGCGUUAAAGGAGUUUCAGCGCGACUGUCUGGCAUUUUCUACU